AUGCGCGCUGCGCCCUACGGAAGCCCGGCGGCGGCAGCGCCGGUUGUGGGGCCCUGAGGCGCGGCGGGUGUGGGGCCCGUGAGGGGAGCGCCGGGCACCGAGCUCGGCCCCGGGCGCCCCCGCCCCUCGCAGCGCCGCCGGCGGGGCCCGGAUGCCCGUUGGCGGCAGGGCUCUGGCCCAGGCUGCCCGGCUGCUCGCUCGCGGCGCGGCCCUCGGCGUCUGCCGGCCGCCGCUCUCCUCAGCCGGCAGCCCUCGGGGCUGGUUAGCGGCGAGCGCGGCCUCCGGAGGCCUCCCGGGGGCCGAGAGGGGCGGCGGGGCCCGAGGGGGGAUCCCGGAGGUGACCGCGGGGCCGGCGGGGGGCUGGCCGGCCCCGGGGGGGGGGAUGGCGGAGCAGCGGUACUGCGUGGACUACGCCAAGCGCGGCACGGCCGGCUGCAAGAAGUGCAAGGAGAAGCUGGUGAAGGGCACGGUGCGCAUCGGGAAGAUCGUGCCCAACCCCUUCACCGAGUCCGGCGGGGAGAUGAAGGAGUGGUACCACGUCAGGUGCAUGUUCGAGAAGCUGGAGAAGGCCCGCGCCACCACCAAGAAGAUCGAGGACAUCACGGACCUGGAGGGCUGGGAGGAGCUGCAGGACGAGGAGAAGGAGCUGAUCCAGAAGCACAUCGCAGAAGCUACGUCCAAGGCUGCAAGUACGCCGAAGAAAAAAGCAACAGUCCAAGCUAAGCUCACUCCCACAGGACAAAUAACCAGUCCCUCGAAGGACCCAUUAGCUGCUGUCAAUCCGAAGAAGUUCUCUGGCUUCACAGCCAAGCCAAAGAAUUCAGAAGAUGUCCCCGCAAACUCUUCCCACAAGUCUAGCCUGUCUGCAAAAAAAAGUGAUCCGAAGCACAAGGACUGCUUGCUGCGAGAGUUCAGGAAGCUCUGCGCCAUGGUUGCUGACAAGCCUAGCUACAAUGUGAAAACGCAGAUCAUUCAGGACUUCCUGCAGAAGGGAACUGGAGGAGAUGGUUUUCAUGGUGACGUGUACCUGACCAUUAAGCUGCUGUUACCAGGCGUCAUUAAAAUUGUUUACAACUUGAACGAUAAGCAGAUAGUAAAGCUGUUUAGUAGGAUUUUUAACUGCAGCCAAGAGGAAAUGAUCCGGGACCUGGAGCAGGGAGAUGUCUCUGAGACCAUACGCCUCUUCUUUGAACAGAGCAAAUCUUGUCCUCCAGCAGCUAAAAGUCUCCUGACUAUCCAAGAGGUAGAUGAGUUCCUAAUCCAGCUAUCAAAGCUUACUAAGGAAGAUGACCAGCAAAGUGUGCUGCACGAUAUCACUCGCAGAUGUACUGGCAACGACCUGAAAUGCAUCAUCAGGCUAAUUAAGCAUGAUCUGAAAAUGAAUGCUGGUGCAAAGCAUGUGUUGGAUGCUUUGGAUCCAAAUGCUUACGAGGCAUUCAAAGCAUCACGCAACCUCCAGGAUGUGGUAGAGCGAGUCCUGAAGAACCAGCAGGAGGCCGAGAAGAUGCCAGGGCUGAAGCGAACCCUCAGCGUGCAGGCCUCCCUGAUGACCCCAGUGCAGCCCAUGCUGGCUGAAGCCUGCAAGUCAAUUGAGUAUGCCAUGAAGAAGUGCCCAAAUGGCAUGUAUGCGGAGAUCAAAUAUGAUGGUGAGCGAGUGCAGGUCCAUAAAAAUGGAGAUCACUUCAGCUACUUCAGCCGGAGCCUCAAACCUGUCCUUCCUCACAAAGUAGCACAUUUUAAGGACUUCAUCCCCCAGGCUUUCCCUGGCGGGCACAGUAUGAUCCUGGAUUCGGAAGUUCUUCUAAUUGAUAACAAAACUGGCAAGCCACUUCCUUUUGGGACUCUUGGUGUGCAUAAGAAAGCUGCUUUCCAAGACGCCAAUGUUUGCUUGUUUGUGUUUGACUGCAUCUAUUUCAAUGACAUCAGCCUGAUGGACAGGCCCCUGCGCGAGCGUCGCAAGUUUCUACAUGAUAACAUGGUUGAAAUCCCCAACCGGAUCCUCUUCUCAGAGAUGAAGCAUGUCACAAAAGCUUCGGAUCUGGCAGAUAUGAUCACCCGAGUCAUCCGUGAAGGACUGGAAGGACUGGUGUUGAAAGAUAUAAAGGGUAAUUAUGAACCAGGAAAACGGCACUGGCUGAAAGUGAAAAAGGACUACCUAAACGAGGGUGCAAUGGCUGACACAGCAGACUUGGUGGUGCUGGGAGCUUUCUAUGGGCAAGGCAGUAAAGGUGGGAUGAUGUCCAUUUUCCUCAUGGGCUGCUAUGAUCCCAAGAGUGAGAAGUGGUGUACAGUGACCAAGUGUGCUGGUGGCCAUGACGAUGCCACCUUGGCCCGUCUGCAAACAGAGCUGGAUAUGGUGAAGAUCAGCAAGGAUCCCAGUAAAAUUCCAAGCUGGCUAAAAAUUAACAAAAUCUACUACCCAGACUUCAUUGUCCCAGAUCCAAAGAAAGCCCCAGUAUGGGAGAUCACAGGAGCUGAAUUCUCUAAAGCAGAAGCCCACACUGCAGAUGGGAUCUCUAUUCGUUUCCCUCGCUGCACCCGCAUUCGAGAUGAUAAGGACUGGAAGACAGCCACCAACCUCCCGCAGCUUAAGGAGCUGUACCAACUCUCCAAAGAAAAGGCUGACUUCAGUGUUGUUGCUGGGGAGGAAGAAGAGUCCACGGCUGGCAGCAGUGGAGAGAAUGAGGGAAAUUCCAGGUCUUCCACGCCACACAAGACUACUAAAACUCCCCCAAGCAAGUCACCUGCAAAAGCCAAGAAGCCAGAAGGCACUAAAGCAAUCACUGAAUCCCCUCAAAAGCCAGAGGAGAAACGAGGAGAGAAGCGAAAAGCAUCUGAGAUGGAUGACAACGGAAAGAAGACACUGCUGGACAUAUUCACUGGUGUGAAGCUGUACCUAUCGCCCUCGGUGAAGGAUUUCAACAAAAUCCGUCGCUACUUCAUAGCCUACGAUGGUGAUCUUGUGCCAGAGUUUGACACAGCCUCAGCAACGCAUGUUAUAGGGGACAUUGAUGAGAAUCCUGGUGCUAAACGUGUAUCUCCCAAAUGGAUCUGGGAAUGCAUCCGCAAACGGAGACUGGUAGCCCCAUGCUAGCAAUCUGGGGCAGCUGACUGGUCUUAACACUGCUACACUUCAGGAACUCCCUGAAGGGAACAGCUGAGAACUAGGUAGGUGGAAGAAAGGGUGAGAUUCCUCUGUGGGGAUGUAAUAGAAAUGAAAUGCUCAAGUCCAUCAGAGGUAAUUCUCAAGGUCCAUAGCAGCUAUAUGGAAUUAAUUAAAACAACUCUGAGGGACACUACUGCUGAAUCCAUUUUUCUGCCCAUAAUGUAGACCAAUGCACUUAAUAUCUAGGUGCUGGUUUCAUUUCUGUGGGUUUUUAAAGUUUGGGUAUUUUUAUAAAUAAAGCAAUAAAACUAAAAUAGCUUCUCCUUUGCUGUCAGGACAUCUUUUCUAAAGGUUAUUCUCUUAUCAGGACAGGACAUCAGACCACCAAAUAUUUGAAACUAUACAUUGUAGUGCCAGGAUACUUGUGCUGCAUGGCUACAACUUACACAAAGGACACCUCCUUCAGCUGGUCUGACUUUCAUUUUUCCCCGUCUUGUAACAUUCAGCACAGAUCUAUAAUACAGUAGCAGUUUAUACUUCUGCAUGGGUUUCCUAUUAAAAAAUGAGGUACCAAAUAAGCUUUCCUUACAACACUUGCUGCAACAUUAUCUGCUCAUCCUCUUGGAGUAUUUGUUUUCCAGAACAAGUUACUUGGGUUUUGCUCUUCAAGUUUCAUUAGUAAAAUUGAGACAGGAAUUCUACCAUCUGGAUGUCAGAAUAGUUGAGACCUUCUUAACUGAAGCUGUUUAGAACUACUCUAAGUACUUGAAUAUUAAUUAUCAAUAAAUUAAAAUCAAUUUUUAAAGCCUG